AUGGAGCCAAUGAGUAAAACAGACAGACUGUUCCAUCCAACUGCCUUUCAAAAGUUUAAAGCCUACCGUAUGCUAUUUUGGGAUGAGAUGAGAUCUACGGUUGGGUUACCUAGACUAACAGAUAAAUACUUUAAAAAGUGA